CACAUGAGAUGAAACCUUUAGAUUUGCAGAAGAGGAGCUUUCAAAAACAACGAAAGAAACACGUAUAAUGACAAGUUUCAUGGUAUACACCUGCGUUUCGAUUGAAAUUAAGUCUGCUUUAUAAGUUAUACAAUUUUCCAAAGAAUCAAUGAUUUAAUUAAUAAGUGGAAUUUCUAUUGAAAGCGUAAAUUUUCAAAGAAAACGAGUCAUAUAUUAACCAUGUUGAAUUCUAUAAAGGAAUGUCUAAAGAAUAAUGUACGAAAACGAAAUAAAGUCGUACGAUUAAAUAAAUCUGGAAACAAAAAGACAAUUUUAAAAAAUAUACCAGUCUUUCAGUAUCCGGUAAGCAAUGAAAGAGAUCACAGAGUGUAUGUUUGGGGUAUGGCAGAGCAUGGUGCUCUUGGAACUUUAAAGUCAACGUUGCACGAAAAGGGUAUUUCAUUUAUUCCAAGACCAAAAAGACUCGCAUUUGGAGAAAUGCACGAUGUAACCGAUAUAUGCUGUGGUUAUGGUUUUACUGCCUUUGCAUUACGAUCUAACGAUAAGAAUAUUUUAUAUGGAAGUGGAAUAAAUACAGACUCACAGCUUGGCUUUCAUGAAAAUGAUAAAAAGUUUUCCGACGACUUAAUAACCGAACUAAGACCUAUUAAUUUACCGCUAAACGGUUCUUCGUCCAAAGUUAUUAGUAUAGCAGCUGGAAGAGCACAUUUGUUGGUAUUGACGGAUGAAGGUUUAUUUACAUUAGGAAAUAAUGCCUAUGGGCAGUGUGGUCGUCCUGUAAUUAUAAACGAAAAUUAUAACAAAAGUAAAGUAGUUCAUCGUAUAUCUGAUAUUAAAGGAAAAAAGAUUAAAGCUGUAACAGCUGGGCAGGAUCAUAGCAUACUCUUGACAGAAUACCGGCGAAGUAUAUACUUUGGUUUGGGUGCAGAUGGACAACCGAUUAGCGCAUACAGAAAUGAACAUAGACCAAGUUUGGUCAAAGGAGAUUUAGCUGGACAGCAUAUUGUAAAAGUUGCCUGUGUUGCUGAUUGUGUGUUAGCGCUCAGUGAUAAAGGAAAAGUAUUUGGUUGGGGUAACUCAGAAUAUGGACAGCUAUUUGUACAGGGUGACAAUCAACAAGUGAAUAUUGCUACUGAAUUGAAUGCGUUACAGCAGUUGGGUCAUAUUAAAGAUAUGCAAGUGGGGUGUUUUUGUAUGGUGAUGCAUAUAGUAGACGACGGCGAUGUUUGUUGGGGCUACGGUAUUCGGUUCGGUCCCAACGUUACAAGAAUUAUGCAGCCAACUCUAAUUCCAUCAGUUACUGUUGGUAAAAAUGCAUAUGAGAAAGAUACGAAAGUAAUAAUUACAUACGUUCUUUGUAGGGUCAUUAAGAUAUUUUGGUGUAUGAGUCAUCUUGCAGCUUUAACUAAUCUAGGUGAUUUAUAUAUGUGGGGUUGCAAACAAAUUUGGAUCCUAGGAUUAGGACAUUCAAAGGAUCAGUACUUUCCAUUGAAGGUAAAUGUAGCGGGCCUCAAGUGAAAAAAGGUUGCUUGCGGAGUAGAUCAUACGGUUACUCUCUGUAAACCUUUUUGUUUGAGGCAUAAUAUAUUUGUCACAUAAUAUGUGGUAAUAUAUAUUUCUAAAAAAGUAUGUACCAAUUGUUGUUCAAUCUGUUAUAAUAAUAUAAUACGUAUAGGUAAUUACAUUUUGAUGUCGUCGUUAAUGUAUCGUGUAAAGUUAAGUGGGUAAAUACGAGCUUCAGUUUAGUAUGGAAUGUCAGCAAACGAAAAUGAACACAUUUAACGCGUAAUGCUAUUAACUAUCAUUUGAAUACCAUAGAAAAACUUACAAGAUAAUUAUUCUAGCAAUGGAUUCACAUGAAAUCGAUUGAUAUAAUAUUAUACUUAAUAAAAAGCUAAACAUACGAUUAAAAUAAGAGAACUGAAUGCAAUUUUAGUUGCACUACUAGUACAUAUUAAAUUUUCGUAAGAUAUCGUAUAUUUUACUGAAUUAGGAAAUCUACAGAAUCGAUGAUCUGAAAAAUAAAGAAAAGAAUUUAUAUUAUUAA